AUGGGGAUGUAUCUGGCGCUGGAGAUUGCGGCCGAAGAAGAUGUCCCGCGCAACAUUCCUUGUCGAACCUCACGUCUACAAGGCAGAUAUUACAUAGAGGAAGUUCUUGGCAGUGACACAAGGUGUUACGAGAAUUUCAGAAUGAACCCUCACGUAUUUCAUAACAUGUGCGAUACGCUAAGAGCAAACUGUGAAAUCAGAAAUAGCAGGAAUGGUAUGACCGUCGAUGAGAUGGUCGGCAUGUUCUUAAUGGUAGUUGCACAUAGUACUCACUUGGCCGUGGUUGCCGAACGAUUUCAGCAUUCUAAGGAGACGGUGUCACGAGUCAUCAAGGUAAUAGCUCAUGGAAUUCAUUCGUUGUCACCAACGUAUAUAAGACGGAGGAACGUUGAUGUGCAGCCGGAAAUUCAGAGUUGCCGAAAAUGGUACCCAUUCUUUCAGAAUUGCAUUGGAGCAAUCGAUGGGACCCAUGUGUCUGCUUGUGUUCCAUCAUCGGUGAGAGGCGCGUAUCGCGAUCGGAAUAACGAGAUUACGCAAAAUGUACUCGCCGCUUGUUCGCAUGACAUGAUGUUCACUUAUGUUGUCACUGGAUGGGAGGGUUCUGCUCAUGACUCUCGAAUUCUGUCCGAUGCCGCUACAUUGGAAUUAUUUCCUGCACCAUAUGGCGAACAAUAUUAUGUAGUCGAUGCGGGAUUCCCUAAUAUUCUCGGUUAUCUGGCUCCCUACAAAGGCCAAAGAUUAUUCGAAGAGUAUGGAAAUGCAUGGGAAUAUUACGAUGAAUUCCGAAAUCCUCCUCAUCUAAUUGGGGAUCGGGUUGAUGUAGACAUGAGAAGUAGGGAAAUGGAUGCAUUACGUAAUCGUAUUGCAAAUGCAAUAUGA